CAAUAAAGUGCUCCGAAAUCAAUCAACAACGUCAUGCAUUUAUUUUUACAUUGGUUGCUCCAAAAUUGUUCCUCUUCGCUACCGCUUUCCCAGCUGCUUUUAGCUCUUUCCCUUUUCUCUCUCUCUCUCUCUCCAAAAACUAGAGGUUCUGUCUCCAACUUGCCUGUCAGACUACUCGUCCGCCUUCUCGGUUGCUCACCUCCUGUUAGUAACCAGCUCCUCCCAUUUGCAAAUAUAAGCCAAAUAAGUUGCUGGCAGGGGCCAAGCAGAACAUUUUCCCAGUUCGCUGCUGUAGUGAGUAUCCGUCCUCGCAUCCCGCACAGCCUAAGAUAAGAAUGGUAAUUCCAACGCAGGUGGCUUCAUUUAUUCCACAAAGGGCUCUCAAAGUUUACCUCCAUCUGUGGUCACAUGAUCACUGCAGCCAUUUUAGGUCCAUGUUUCUUCCUUUUUCAAAAAACAUUGUUCUCCGUGAAAGAUCUCAGUAAAUGGGGGUCCAGAAUUAAAGAAAAUCCAGAGAAGAUAUUUGAAGUGUAUGCUAAAGUAAAGCAUCCAGACUCCAGUGGUUCAGAAAAUGGCUGUGCCUCUCAUCCCUGUGCAGGCAUUGACAAUGGCUAUCCAUCUGUUUCUGGCUGGAAGCGUUUAUGGAGGUGCCUACUACCAAAUGAAGCAAAUUCCACAGCAGAUCCCACAGAUGCAAAUGCACGGACAGGUCCCACACAUGAUGCACCUUAGGAAAGAGAGCCCUCGCAUGCAGCACAUGGGCAAGGAGAUGCCACACAUGCCCAUGCAUAGAAAAGAUUUACCAUAUAUGCACCGCUAUGGAAAAGAAGUUCCUCAAAUGCAUGUGUUUGGAAAAGAUGUCAUGCCUCAGAAGGAAGCAAAAGAAAUGAUACCGACAUUUCCAAGUGCAAUGAAAGGUGAGAAGGGUCCAUCAGGAGAGCCUGGUGCAAGAGGACCAACUGGGCCACCUGGUCUGCCAGGAAUACCGGGACGUGAUCUUCAAGGGCAAGUCGGAAAACCAGGUCUGCCAGGUCAACCAGGUUUUCCAAGUGUUGGGAAGCCUGGAAUGCCAGGAAUGCCAGGUAAACCAGGAGAGAUGGGAUUGCCAGGUCGCAAAGGUGACAUGGGACCAAAGGGAGAACAAGGGCCAAUGGGACCACCAGGACCACAAGGACUACCAGGUCCUUCAGGAAUGCCUGGAUUUGGGAAGCCAGGUAGACCAGGAUUUCCAGGAAAACAAGGGCCAAGAGGAGAGCCAGGACAGAAAGGAAUGCCAGGGUUGCCAGGUCCUGUAGGACCAAAGGGAAUACCAGGAAUAGGUAUAGCUGGAUUACCAGGCUUAAGGGGACCACAAGGGCUACCUGGACAACCAGGGCCUGCAGGUCUACCAGGCAUCUCAAAAGCAGGAUUUAGUGGUCUUCCAGGAGCUCCGGGAGCCCCAGGCAAACAAGGAUUCCCAGGUCAACCAGGAUUGCAAGGUUUUCCAGGGCCCCGUGGUGUCCAAGGACCUCCAGGAAUGCCAGGUAUUGGAAAGCCAGGUCAAGAUGGACUUCCCGGUCAGCCUGGCUUUCCAGGGGCCAAAGGUGAGAAAGGACUACCUGGUUUACAAGGGCCCCCAGGAAUAUCAGGAGUCGGAAAACCAGGGUUUCCGGGUCCAAAAGGUGAACGUGGUCAGCCUGGGCCUCCGGGGAAGCAGGGAUUUAAAGGUGAACCUGCGGCUGCUGGUGCUCCUGGAAUUCCUGGUGCUCCAGGUGCAAGAGGACUGCCUGGGCCUCCAGGUCAAAUUGGACCUCCGGGUGGUUUGGGUUUCCCAGGAGUGAAAGGAGAGUAUGGGCAGCCUGGUGCUCAAGGCCCUCCAGGCCCAAAAGGGGAAGCUGGUAUCCAGGGUUUGCCAGGUAUACCAGGGUAUCUUGGUGAAGAUGGGCAACCAGGUCCACGAGGAUUGCCAGGACCAACAGGACCAAAAGGAGAUAUGGGACAUAAAGGCCCAUCUGGUUUGCCUGGACGACCAGGAAUACCAGGAUUGAAAGGGGAAGUUGGGUUUCGUGGAGAGAAGGGUAUCCAAGGCCCCACUGGAAUACCUGGGAUUGCUGGUCCGGGUGGUCCAAUAGGGCCACCAGGUCUUCCUGGGCCAAAAGGAGAGAAAGGCCUACCAGGGCCACCAGGGCUACCUGGCAUAGGGAAACCUGGAGUUCCAGGACACAUUGGACCAACAGGAAAACCUGGUCCAGAAGGUUUCAAAGGAUUGUCAGGAGCACCAGGCCCUCCUGGCCCUCCAGGACCUCCAGGUCCACCAGGCCCACCAACUGAUAUAAGACAGUUUCAACUUCCAGAGAUGGGGCCAGGAAUUGACGGCAUUAAGGCACCACAAGGUUAUGCUCAGCCAAGUAAAAAAGGGAAACCUAUAGGAAUUAGUCCGGAGAUGCCUGCAUUCACUGCGAAGCUAACAAUACCUUUCCCGCCAGCAGGAUCUCCUGUCAAAUUUGACAAAAUCUUAUACAAUGGCAGACAAAGCUACAAUCCGCAAACUGGCAUUUUUACAUGUGAGAUACCAGGAAUUUAUUAUUUUUCAUAUCAUGUUCAUUGCAAAGGUGCUAAUGUAUGGGUAGCAUUAUACAAGAACAAUGAACCACAAAUGUAUACUUACGAUGAAUACAAGAAGGGGAUUCUUGACCAAGCUUCUGGGAGCUCAGUUCUUGAACUCAUGCAUGGUGACAAAGUCUGGAUACAGCUUCCAUCUGAACAGGCAGCAGGACUUUAUUCAGGCCCUUAUGUGCAUUCAUCAUUUUCUGGAUAUUUAUUGUAUCCAAUGUAAAAACAAAUGUAAACCAGUAAAGCUUUUAAAACAUGGUCUUUGUUAUCUUACAAAAGUUAAAUUUUCACUACAAAAGCAAUCACUGACAUUUGUAGGAUGAUUAACUGCCAUUCUUUCUUUUAUUGGAAGGUCAUUGCUAGGAGAACCCAAAGAAAGAAUAGACUUGUCUGUUUUACACAUUCUAAAUGCGCAUUAAAGUGUUGGAAAACACAGAAUAAUACUCCAAGACCCAAGACUGAAUUCAAAUCAAUGAAAUAAAAAAUACACGUUCUGCUAGGAACCCUAAGUGUAAACUUGCAGAUCGUCUGCAUGCUUCUCAAACUCAACUCACAUCUGCACAAGGGAACUGUUUAGAACAAUUGCAACUAAUUUUCCAAUCACAAUCAGAGUUACUAAAAGCACAUCGAAUAUAAGAAUAGAGUCAAAAUAGCACAUCAAUGUAGGGGGUAUCUAAUUAAAUUUGGAGUUGAGGUAAGUUUCAGUUUUCAGUGUUAACAUAUACCUAAAUGGUAUAUCCUACUUAUUUUAUACAUUUGUUGGGUGCAACAUGGAUUUUCUAGGAGCAAUUGUCUCUUUACAAGAGCAAAUUCACACAAAUAGAAACAACUUAAAGAAAAUGGCUGAAUUGCAAAAGAGAGAAAAGGGAUAAAAGACUAUUUUCAUCUCUAAAGUAUGAUUAAACAUGAACAAAUUAUUGUGGUAUCUCCUUCAUCUGGUAAACAGUAAGGAGGUCAUAGCAAUACAUCAAGGAUUUAAAGCAGCCUACCAUGUACUGAGCUGCAAUAUUUGUCAUCCACCUUUCCAGUGAAAAAUAAUACAUUUGAUAAGCAGAGGCCUGAACACCGAUAAAAUGUGAUGAACAAUAGGUUUCUUGUGAAACAUGUAGAAAUUGAUUUUCUUCUAAGGAGAGGGAAGAUGAAAGAUUUUUGUGCAGUCCACUGUAGCCUUGCAAUUUCUGUUCAUUAGCUCUUUUUAAAAAAAAUAGUAAAAUGCUAGUAUUUAUCCAAUGUCUGCACUUCCACACCACUUAGGUGAAACAGCCUAGAGCCAUAGAUAUAGAUUGUACAGAGAGUGGCAAAAAAAACUAUUUUGGAUUAGGCAUUUCUUUAAUAAAUGCAUGAAUUAGCAGGUCAGUUGCAAAUAAAUACACUAGGAUACCCAUAAAUAGAUACAACACUGUGGGCUUUUUAAUUACCAAAUGAUUAUAAUUUUGAAUGUGCAAAACAUGCUUGUACCACCAAUUCUAUCUGAUGUUAAAAGAAAGUUUUAUGCCAGUUAUACAUUGCUUUAUUUUUGUUUUUUAAAUAUAUGUGUAAAGAGCUCAUCAAGCUUUCAACCUAUAGAAAAAAAUGUUUUGUCCAAGAUUACCUGAACCAGGCAUAAAAGCUGAAGUACAUAACUACAGUUUGCUGAUGACUUCUACCAAUUGUAACUAUGAAUAAAAUUUCCAGCUUUUCAACAAUAA